UCGGCGGAAAUUUCGUCGUAGUACAGGGUAGGGCGAUCGAUGUAAAUUAUGUGUGCGUUUGAGUGCGUUGCGCACCGUCGAGAUCACUGAAAAUCCUUUUAAAACGAAUAACACAAUUUAGAGAAGCAAUCCGAGAAUUUUGUCACCUUGUAUCGUGUACGAUUUAGCUGGUCGCUCGACGUUAUUCAUUCGAAAACGCACCGCGCUUCGCUGGACAAAGAGAGCGUCAUCCGUUGCGUCGUCUGGCGUUACCUUUGGAAUUGAGAGAUUUAGCGAACCUCAAACGCACGAAUUUAUCAGCCUCUGCAAAUUGACAGGAUGCCGGAUAACACAUCGAACAACGACAAGGAUAAACACAUGAAACAAUUAAAGCGAAAAAUGGAGUGUUGGCGUGAAGUCAUCCUUCCACUCAACUCCGUUUUAUUCUGGGAGCGCCCCUGGUAUCCCGGGCUGAUCGUUGGUUUUACAACUACCAUUUUCUUGUUAAUAUGGUUUUUGGAGCCAGCUAUACUUACUUUAAUUGCAUUGAGUUUAUUGAUAUUAGCCAUUAUUGAUUACUCGGUCCCUAUUGUGACAACUGCUUUAUUCCCUGCAAAUGGUUGGACCGGCCAAAAAGAACGUAAAUUAGAAGAAAUCUGUCAAAAUUUAUCCACUACUAUUCUCCAAAUACAGAAUUUCUGGAGGAAGAUCCUAAAUGCUCGCAGUAAUCAUAGAAAUUUUUGCUAUGGUACAAUGAUGAGUUGUCUGAUUAGUCUCGCAUGGCUCGGAAACCAUGUUAAUAAUUUGCUGCUGCUUUAUAUCAUUGUUAAUCUAGCUCUGCUCAUGCCAGGCCUUAGACACAAAGGGCAAGCGCAGCAAGUAUUAAAAUCUAUUUUUAAGUACUUGUGCCAUCGUAAACAGUCAUAAUCAUCGUUUUAUAUUUAAAGAAGUUUCAUUUAGUUUUACACUGAUCGUUGGAAACAAUAAAUUUAAAUUUAUUGUACCAUUUGGAUGUCAUUCUGCUUAAUGAGUAGUUGGCUUAGUUUGAAAGACAAACUUUAUUAUCAGUGUAUGUCACGUGUUUGCUGCUUUUACACAUAUUGUAAGAAACUUCAAGAAUGUAGGAGAGUGAUAUUUUUUUCCUUUUUAUCGAAACUCAAAUUAUUUAGAAUCUAGUUACGGACUUUUAAUGAUGCUGUUAGAUAUAUCACUUAUUUAUCAUCAGUCAUUCAAGUUUACCAAAAUUUACAUGUAUCUUCAAAACAGUUCAAAAUUCAAAGAAGUACACUUUUUGCAGGAUUAUUUUAACUAUAAAAAGAAAUUCUAUAUGGUGUAACUUGUUAGUCGUCACUAUUACAGUUUUUGCAACUGAGAGUAAAUUACAAUUUUUCAAAAGCAGUGUUAUAAAAAUUAUGGAGUACUUAAUGGUGAUUAGAAUAUGAAAUAUUAUGUAGUCACGUAAUGUAUGUGGAAGAAAUGUUUUAGCCUCAUCUGUCUUGCAAUUGUCAUUUGACUAUUCAUAAUAACACACCUUGGUAUAGUUAGGUGUGUACAUUCUGAUUUGCACAUGUGAAUGAAAUAUUAAUAUGCAGCAAUACGAAAAUUCGAAUGGUUUUGGAACAUGAAUUAUUUAUAGUAAUAAGAUUUUAUUCUCUAAUGUAAGAUUACUAAUAUUCACAACACACUCUUGUAUGUAAGGUGAUGUGUUAAGGCAUUGCCUCCUUCAAAUGUACAUUUUCAUGUGUCACUGAUCAAAUUCCCCAUAUUGGUUUUUAAACUGUCAAUCAUUUACAUGCCAACAAUUGAAUCAUCACUCAUUAUUAAUUCAUCAUUCGCCUCAUUGUGGUCAAUACGGAGAAAAAGACUUAAUUUAUGAAUACGUAGACCACUCAUGGGUACAUGUUUUUACUAUCGUUAAUAAAACCAAAGAUUCAUUCA